CUCCUCCUCCACCCCGGAAGGUAUAAGUGCGGCCUCCGGCCGGAGCCGGGGCAGUGCCAUGCAGCCCGCCGGCCUCUCCCUGCUGCUCCUCUGCGCUGCGGUGCCCUCCCUGGAGGGGCACGAUGUCACCGCCAAGCGGGGCGUUUGCCCGCUGGCCUCCGGGGACCAGUUCGCCCAGUGCACGGUGCUCUGCCUGAAGGACGAGGACUGCCCCGGGGCCGGCAAGUGCUGCAGCAACGGCUGCGGGUGGGUCUGCCUGGAGCCCGCCCAGGAGAAGCCCGGGGCCUGCCCGGCUCUGUCCGGCCGAGCGCGGGGCCCCUGCCUCACCAGCUGCCGCACCGACCUCGACUGCCCCGCCAAGAAGAAGUGCUGCACCGACGGCUGCGCCCGGAGGUGCCGCAGCCCCGUGUGGGGGGCUGAGCCUCCUGUGGCGCCCCCUGCUGUCAAAGGGCUGAGGGCGGGCCGAGUGCCGUAUAGCGCCCCCUAUUGUCCGGGGGCUGAGCGCGGUAUAGCGCCCCCUACGGUCCGGGGGCUGAGCGCGGUACAGCGCCCCCUGCUGCCAAGUGGCUGCAGUGUAGCGCCCCCGGCUGCCUCGGGGCAGCGGCGGUGGGGCGCCCCCUGCUGGCACGUGGCCGGGCGGGGACCAGCGCCCCCCACCCCCCGCCCCACCCCCGUUGGCGUACCCCAAGGAGUGUGCCUGCUGCCCCGCUGGCCCGGGCCCUGCUUAGCCUUCGUCCUGCGCUUCUUCUACAACCCCGGAUCCCAGAGGUGCGAGCGCUUCAUCUUCGGCGGCUGCCACGGGAACGGCAACAACUUCGAGACCAAGGAGGCCUGCCUGUGGGCCUGCAGCAGAAAGCCGGAAGAUGACCCGCUGGAGCCCGCAAAGGUGCCGAAGUUGCCAGUCCUCGUUACGGGUCCCAGCAUCUUAGGUGCGCCCGGGGACGGCGCAGGUAAGCCCGGGGCCUGCCCGGAGGUGCCCCUGGGCACGGCUGGGAAUUGCAUGCUGCGGUGUCGAUCCGACCACGACUGUAAAGGCAGCACGAAAUGCUGUAGCAACGGCUGUGGGCUCAUCUGCAAGUUCCCAGUGUUCAGAGAGUGA